AUGGGGGACAUUGGUGUCGUCGUCCCUGUAGGAGUGAAGAGGAAACGAACGGAAGAUGAGGAAAGCCGAGAGAGCAAGAAAAGCAGGGGACAGGACCUCAUCCCCUGUGACAAUGAGUUGCUGUCCACCUCAGAGGACAUUGGUGUCGUCGUCCCUGUAGGAGUGAAGAGGAAACGAACGGAAGAUGAGGAAAGCCGAGAGAGAGUGAAGAGGAAACGAACGGAAGAUGAUGAAAGCCGAGAGAGCAAGAAAAGCAGGGGACAGGACCUCAUCCCCUGUGACAAUGAGUUGCUGUCCACCUCAGAGGACAUUGGUGUCGUCGUCCCUGUAGGAGUGAAGAGGAAACGAACGGAAGAUGAGGAAAGCCGAGAGAGCAAGAAAAGCAGGGGACAGGACCUCAUCCCCUGUGACAAUGAGUUGCUGUCUCCCUCAGGGGACAUUGGUGUCGUCGUCCCUGUAGGAGUGAAGAGGAAACGAACGGAAGAUGAGAAAAGCCGAGAGAGCAAGAAAAGCAGGGGACUGGACCUCAUCCCCUGUGACAAUGAGUUGCCGUCCACCUCAGAGGCCAUUGAAAGCACAAACACACCCGAGGCAGCUGUGAGCAACAAGAGAAGCGUCAACGGGAAGAGGAAGGCGGUCGCAGAUGACGGACCGGUUCAGAAGAAGAACAGGACUCUAGACGCGUCAGCCAUGUUUAAGGCCAAGUACCUGCAACAGAAGAAACUUGGUGAAGGAGGAUUUGGAUGCGUGUAUGCUGGCAUCCGCAGAGUGGAUAACCUGCCGGUCGCCAUCAAGCAUAUCGACAUAGACGAAGACCUCUUCUUUCACGAAGACAGUAAUGGUAUCAACAUCCCCAUGGAGGUCGCUGUCCUAUUGAAACUAGAGGCCAACUCGGAGCGACAUUCAGCAGCCAUUGGCCUGCUGAACUGGUACAUCAUAGAAGAGAAGCAGAAGCUGAUCCUGGUGAUGGAGAGACCGAUGCCGUCCGUAGACCUCUUCGACUACAUUCAAAGCAAAGGAGGCGUCUUGAAGGAAACGGAAGCUAAGGAUAUAAUAAGGCAGUUAGUGAAUGCAGCCAUUGAGCUCCAGCGGAACAACAUUUUCCACCGGGACAUUAAGGUGGAAAAUCUCCUGAUUGAGACCUGCAUCGAGUCGCCGCGAGUUCGCCUCCUCGACUUCGGUCUGAGCUGCUUCGACGACGGAAAAGAAGUCCAUAAGGAAUUUUGCGGUAGUUUCGCCCCCCCAGAGUGGUACAGUCAGGAGGAAUAUAAAGCCGGACCCACAACAGUAUUCACGAUCGGAGUGGUCAUGUAUUUCAUGCUCCACAGAGUGACAGUCAGUCGGUUCAAGUCCUUUCGGAAUCUGAAAAGCAGCUGGUGGAUUUCCGAAUUUUGCAGAGAUUUCUACAAGAAGUGCAUGGAUCGGGACCCGGAUGAGCGGUUCACCCUGGAGCAGCUGAAGAAUCACCAGUGGCUGAGAUGAGCCAGACGGGACACCGGGCGCUGGAGGCGGAGGGUUGAGCCCUGUGUGUUUUAAAUUGGAACAUAUGUGAUAUAUGUGAUCUGGUGGCACCUGGUGUGCCAUUAGAUAGAGUAAGCCCCGGGGGCUGG